AUGGGUACCUGCACCUCUAAGCAGAAGGGUAUCGUCGACAACCCUACUCGCGCCAUCUCCGAGAAACCCCUCAUCACCCCCGCGACCGAGAUACUCAACCGCCCCUCCCCUCCCUAUGUCAAGCAGAAGACCUAUUCCCGUAUCGCACCUGUCGUAGUCGGUCAGAGGCGUUCUAUCAGCGGUCGCGGUGGCGGUGGCGACACGACCUACGCGAGCGCGGGCUAUGUGUACGCUGCGGGCGGAUAUGAUGCUGGUGGUGGGCAUCACUGCGGCGGCGGUGGAGGCGGUCACAGCGGAGGCGAUAGUGGUGGUUGUGGAGGCGGUGGUGGCGAUGGUGGUGGUGGGGGUGGCGGGAGUGGCGGGGGUGGUGGGGAUGGUGGGGGCGGCGGUGGUGGCGGGGGCGGAGACUGA